AUGAAUAAUCAUCCAAUUAAGGCGUUUCCGCUAUAGUAGCAUUUAGGAAAUAAUGGUAGUAAGCGUGUACCUUCUCCAGGAACGAUUAAUCAAUACCAAAGCAAUAGAUAAGCUGACACAAAUAAAAAAGCCAUGAAUCAUUUAUUUAUUGACAACUUUGCUUUGAACGAUGAUAACUCUCAAAUGAGGCGCUCAAAAAGUUCAGGUAUUUUAAGAAAGCAGGAAUAAAAUGGUAAUGGAAUUGCAUAAAAUAUAUCCACAAAAAAUAAAAUCGGUGAUAAUAGAGGUACUUCAUCAUCUACUAAAAACCCUUAAGAUUCCAUUUUAAGUAGCUUAUAAAAUAUACUCAAUAAUUAAACUCCUUUAACUAAAAAUGCAAAUACUCCAGGCAGUAGUCAUAAGCGUACUCAAAGCACUAGUUUAGCUAAUAGUCAAUUAGUGGUUAAAUCAACAAAAAAUAACUAGCUAGGAAACUUUAACUAGUAUGCUUCCGAUUAAAACCUCACUAAGUCCUAGAUUGUCCUUUCUUAAAAUGGCUCUAACUCUGUUCUUAACAAAUCUAUCAAUAAACAAUAGCAGUAGCAACAAGAUUAUACUUAAGAAUAUAACAAUUUAAAGUCCCUCUCUGCAAAAAAUAUUUACAAACCCUCUACCAUUAAUCAAAAUCGCUACACCUCAUUAAACAGUUAAAACAAAAAUGGAGUAAAAGGAUAUACAACUAUUUAAAACAGAAUGGAGUCUAAUGAAAAACUUCCUAAAUUAGAAUCUCUAAUCUAAUAGCAAUAGUAAUAAAUGCAGCCAAUGCUUCAAAUUCCUUUGGGAUAAUAGAACAAUUUACAUGUUAACAAUUCAAUUAACAAGGGAUAAUCAAAGGAUCAACUAAAAUCUAAACUCUAAAAUGAUCUAUUUAAAGAUAAUGAUUCCAGCAACUUACUCAAUUCUCUUGUAUCUAACAAAAAUGUUAAAUAAUAAAAUAAUAACACUCUAUAAAAUAGCGGCUUAUUCUCUUAAGGACCUAAAAUCAACAUAAACCUCUAAAUUAAGAAUUUGAACAUAAUUUCCCCUACUGGAUUGCGUAAUAAUAACUAAGCUUCAACUAACGACAACACACCAAAUAACUACUAACAAGAUGACAGCAACUUAUAUGACGAAAACUUAGAGUCUUCAAAAUAGACAGGAAAUAUUAAUAGAUUAUAACAUAGUCGCAAUCCUACAUAAGUAAUUAAUUUGUAAUAAGGAUAGAAUAGACUAAUUGCAGGAGGUAUCAAGUAAAACUAGAGUACUCCCAAUAUAUUUUUAAACAGUAAUCAAUCUCAGUCAAAUUAAAAUAAAGUUAUUAGUGGAAAUGGUAACAACGCCCUAGUUAAUGGAUACAGUGGAUAUCAACAAACUGUUUCUAAAAAUUAACUUUAAAAUCAAUCAGAAUCCCGCUAAUCGUCUCGUCGUGCUAGAUCUAGCUCUAAAGAUAAAAAUGACUCCUUUUAACAAAUGCCUAAAAGUAGCAAAUCCAACUAAAAUCCAGUAGAUUUUUUGGGAAAAUAUGCUAACCCAUUCGGAAAAACAAAUACAAACAUGACUUAAUAAGCAAAACCUUAAUCAUAAUCUAUUGAUGCAUAAAGAAGAAGCAGUAAGAAAGCUGCUAAUAGUACUUUUAACGACUCAAAGUAAUCUUCACAGCCUAUUCGCAAAAAUUCUUCUCAUCUCCCUAAUUAAAAUUAAUUAAAUGGCAAUCAGACUUUAGAAGUCAGCUAAAUUAAAUAAAAUCCUCAAAUUACCCCUAAAAAUUUCAUAAGCAGCUAUGCUGUCCGCUCAAAGCCUGGUGCUCUUCCUGGUAAGCCUGUUAAAACUAAUCAGGACAGCUAUAUUAUUACUAACAAUUUUUGCAAGUAAAAAUCAAAAUAUUUCUUUAGUGUCUGCGAUGGCCAUGGUAUAAACGGACACCAUGCAUCUCAAUAUGUUAAAAAAGUUCUUGGACCAAAUAUAGAAUUCUUUAUGAAAUAAUUCUGCAAGGAAGAAUUUUACCAAUUAGAAUCUAACCAGAACCCUAUUGAAAAUGUUUCUGCUAUUACCUAAGCAUUGACUUCAGGGUAUUUAAAAACAGCUGCAGGGUUACUGGAUAGCGGAAUAGAUAUAACAUUCAGUGGAUCAACAUGUGUAGGAGUUUAUGUUACUGCUGAAAGAUAUUGGUGUGCCAAUAUUGGAGACUCUAGAGCUGUUAUAGCAAGAUAAGAUCCAAUCACAAAUUAAUGGACUAAUUAACCUCUUUCAAUUGACCAUAAACCUGACCUCCCUUCUGAAUACAACAGAAUUCUUUCUUCAGGAGGAAGAGUUGAACCAUUUAAAGAUAUGGAAGGCAAACCAGUUGGACCCGCUCGUGUGUGGAUGAGAACAGAAAAUAUUCCAGGUCUUGCUAUGGCUCGUUCAUUUGGUGAUUAUGUUGCAAGCCAAGUCGGAGUUAUUCCUGAACCUGAAAUUUUGCAUUAUGAUAUUUCUCCUAAUGAUAAAUUCCUUGUAGUUGCAAGUGAUGGUAUUUGGGAGUUUUUAAGCAACGAAGAGGUUGUUAGUAUGAUAACUCCAUUCUACUACAAAAAUGAUCCUGAAGGAGCAUGUGAAAAAUUGGUAAAAGAAGCCACAUUAGCUUGGAAGAGAGAAGAUGAAGUUAUUGAUGAUAUUACAAUCAUAGUAGUUUUUUUAAAUAAAUGA